GCAAUGUGCCUACAGGACUUCCCGUCUCAAGUUGUGGAACGGCACAACAAGCCGGAGGUGGAAAUUUGUUCCAGCAAAGAAUUAGUGCUCACGCCUAUCGUUGUCUCUCGCAAUGAGAGGGAGAAGGUGCUUAUUGAGCCGUCCAUCAAUUCGGUGCGUGUGAGCAUUGCUGUGAAACAAGCAGAUGAAAUCGAGCGCAUUCUUUGCCACAAGUUUACACGAUUCAUGAUGCGCCGCGCUGAAUCGUUUAUCAUACUGCGCCGUAAGCCAAUCGAAGGAUACGACAUUAGUUUUCUGAUAACAAAUUUCCAUACGGAACAAAUGUAUAAACACAAACUGGUGGACUUCGUCAUUAGCUUCAUGGAGGAAAUCGACAAAGAGAUUAGUGAAAUGAAACUGGCGGUGAAUGCUCGCGCCCGCACCUGUGCUGAGGAGUUCUUGAAGCGCUUUUAAAAAUAAAAUGAGCAAUAGUUUACGAAAUGA